GUUACUAAUACAUAAAGUAAUGCAACCGGCAAAAGUGCUAGCUGAGUGUGUCUGUAAGCUGGUACUGGCAAAUAAUGUGACUCGUGCAGUUGUUACAAGAUAAAGAGCUUGUUUUUUCUGUGCUCGAGGAAUAGUGCAUUGGUUAUUCGGCAUUUUGUGGAAUCUUCGUCCAGACUGCCUGAUUAUCUGUUCACGCCCUGCGGACGUUUUGAGGAAAUAACAGUGAUCAGGUUACAUAGUGAGUACAGAAUUUAAGAUGUCGGAGAGUCGGAUAUCGAACGGCUCUGGCGAACAGAAGCCGAGCCAAUCGCUGCUGACGGUUCUCAAUAAAUUUGUCCAGGCGGUGAAUGUUAUGGACGAUACGGUGAUGAUCCCGAGUCGCCUAAAGGAUAUGGAAAUGGGAUCCAAAAAUCCGGAAAUCCGAGAGGAAAACAACAACAUGGCGCUGAUGCCCAUUAUGAAUCCAGGAACCGAUUUAUAUAGUUUCUACAAACUGUUGAAUUCAAUCAAAAAGGAGAUCAUUAGCGGGAGUCCCGGGGCCGUGGAAGAGAAAGCUGUGACGUCAUCAGACUCGGAGGACGAUACCUCGAAUGACUCUUCCAACCAGACGGCCGAAUUGUUUCGUCAUCAUCUGCAGGGACUUUAUAACGUCAUGGACCAACUGACCAAUACAGCAAAGGCGCUGACGGACAAAUACGAGACUGAGUUCGUUGGGGAGGGGUCGACACGGUCCAUUUCUUCGUUCGCUAUCUGACACCCCCACGCUGAAAUAACUUGUGGAUGUUGUGUUAAAUAGUGCCUGACUAAGAAUGAAAGAGAGAGAGAGAGAGAGGAUGUGAACGCGAUUUUUCAAAACGAGUUUUUUUUGUUCAAUUAACUUAUGUUUCUGUUGUGUUUUGAACGGAGUCCAGACCACACCAUUUCGUUCCAAGUGCAAUGAAGUUUGAUGUCAAUAAUAAUCGAUGCACAGUAUGCCUAUUUUUGAUGUGGCAAAGUCAGUCCUUUACGAGCAUGCGUGUUUUUUUUCUCUUUAUUUAAUAUUUAUUUGUUCUAAAUUUAUUUUGCAAAUUAUUGUCGAUUUGCAAAUAAAAAAUGUGUUCAUUGCGUAAUGUUUUAAAAACAUUAUUAUUGAUAUAUAAUUAUGAAUAUUAUUUUUUUUUUUUAUAGUAAAUGCCUAAAAUCUUUA